AAGCAUGUACGGUUCUCAAAAGUGGAGUCUUUGAUUAAAGACUUGUACUUGUUUUCUACAGAAAACAAAGUGGUGACUAUUAGUGAGUUGUUUGAGCACAUGACCUUCAAUAUCAGCCUCAGGAUGAUUGUUGGUAAGCGAUUUUCCAUUGUUGGUGAAAGAAACAGUGAGGUUUCUCGUUUCCACAGCGCCAUUAAAGAUUCUCUAUAUCUUAGUGGCGUGUUUGUCUUGUCGGAUGCCAUUCCAUACCUUGAAUGGAUGGACUACAAAGGGUAUUUAGGUUCCAUGAAGAGGACUGCUAAGGAACUUGACUCGGUGCUUGAUAUCUGGCUUGACGAACAUCUCCAGAAACAAUUAGAGCAGAAGAGUAAUGGCGAAAGCGAUUUCAUGGACGUGAUGCUAUCAAGCCUUGAUGAGGAUGCUGUGAUUUCUGGGCAUACACGUGAUGUUAUCGUCAAGGCAACUGCACUGGUUCUCUUAAUUACAGGCUCCGAAAGCACAUCUAUUACACUAACAUGGGUACUGUCCCUACUUUUAAACCACCCAUGUGUGCUAAAGGCUGCGCAAGAAGAGCUAGACUUGCACGUUGGGAAAGAUAAAUGGGUGGAAGAAUCUGAUAUUAGGAACUUAAACUACCUUCAAGCCAUUGUUAAGGAAACUUUACGCCUAUACACGCCUGGUCCUGUAACAGGACUGCGUGAAGCUAUGGAAGAUUGUAAUGUUGGUGGCUAUUAUGUUCCUAAGGGCACUCGUUUGAUCAUCAAUAUAUGGAAGCUGCAACGAGACCCACGUGUGUGGUCGAACCCAUCUGAAUUCAAACCGGAGAGGUUUAUGACAACACAUGCAAAUGUUGAUGUUAGGGGUCAAAAUUUUGAGUAUAUUCCAUUUAGUUCUGGUUGAAGGUCGUGCCCUGCAAUCACAUUCGGCAUGCAAGUUGUUCAUUUGGCACUGGCUCGUUUGCUUCAAGGAUUUGAUAUCAUGACUGUGGGUGGUGCAAAGGUGGAUAUGCGUGAAGGAUCAGGACUUGACUUACGAAAGGUAGCUCCACUAAAUGUUAUUCUCAAGCCUCGUCUUCCUAUGGAGCUCUACUAAUGCCUUUGAAGCUACUUCUUUGUGAAGGUUACUUAAUAUUGUGAAAUAUACAUGUCUUAGUUGAAGUGUUAAAUAAAGAUUUGGCUAUAUCUUUAUCCUUAUCUAAACAUAUAUAUCCCUGUUGUUUAGGUUGCUAUUACCAACUCUUUU